AUGGAGGCCGCCGCCGCCGUCCUCCCCGCGCUGGUGCCCUCCGGGAGCGCGGUGGUGCCUCGUCGCUCAUCACUCGCGACCGUUGUUCCUCUGGUGGUGGUACUCCUCGCCUACCUCGGGUAUCUCGCCGCCGCCGGAGCCAUCCUCCCGGGGAAGGUCGUCGACGGAGCCAUACUCCCCGACUCCUCCCGCCUCCACUACCGCUGCAACGGUUUGCUCUCGCUCCUGCUGCUGCUGGGGCUCUCGGCGUUCGGUGUCUACAUGGGGUGGAUGUCUCCCACGGUUGUAGCUGACAGGGGACUCGAACUUCUGUCAGUGAUCUUCAUUUUUAGUGUCAUUGUCUCUUUCGCACUCUACUUUACCGGCAUCAAGUCCCGCCACAAAAGUUCUUCUUUGAGACCACAUGUUAGUGGGAGCUUCAUACAAGAUUGGUGGUUGGGAGUGCAGCUUAAUCCUCAUUUUAUGGGAGUUGACCUCAAAUUCUUUUUUGUGAGGGCAGGAAUGAUGGCAUGGUUAUUUAUUAACCUCUCUUUGUUUGCAAAGAGCUACUUAGCUGGUUCAGCUAAUCUUUCGGUCAUUCUCUACCAAUUUUUUUGUGCGUGGUAUAUUAUAGAUUACUUCAUCCAUGAAGAAUUCAUGACCUCAACGUGGGACAUUAUUGCUGAAAGACUGGGUUUCAUGCUGGUGUUUGGGGAUCUAGUUUUCAUCCCUUUCACCUUCACUAUUCAGGGCUGGUGGCUUUUGAGGAACAAAGUAGAGCUGUCCCUUUUGGCUGGUCUAGCUAACUUAUGCAUCUUCCUUAUUGGCUACCUAGUGUUCCGAGGAGCUAACAAGCAAAAACAUGUGUUCAAGAAGGACCCCAAAGCUCCUAUAUGGGGAAAACCUCCCAAAGUUGUUGGGGGAAAGCUACUCGCUUCCGGUUACUGGGGCAUCGCACGGCACUGCAAUUAUCUAGGAGAUCUACUGCUAGCGCUUUCGUUCAGCUUGCCCUGUGGAGUGAGUUCCGUGAUCCCAUACUUCUACCCCACGUACCUGCUCAUUCUACUGAUCUGGAGGGAAAGGCGCGACGAGGCGAGGUGCUCGCAGAAGUACAGGGAGAUCUGGGCAGAGUACUGCAAGCUCGUGCCCUGGAGGAUCCUGCCUUAUGUGUACUGA